UGGCCGUCGCGAGAGUUUGUUUGUAUUAAGAUUAUUAAACCAGGGGAUGAUAACGGCAUUAUUGAAUGGUAGCGAAUAUUUUCUUUGUGUUCACAAUAGACAUGUGAUACUCGGAGAAAAUAACGGUCGAUGACAACUGUCGCUGUUAUAAGAGGGAUCUGACAGUUCAAAUUUAAAACAUUAGAUUUCGAUAUCUGGAAGGUUUAAGAUCAUUAUAUGCUACUGAAACGAUUUGUAGCUAAUAUUUACCAUAAACAUUGAGAUUUAUUGGGAUAGAGAUUUUAUGAUUAUGAGUGUAUUGAUUUAACGUGACGUUAGCAUUACAAGUAUUGAUCCGGAGGAUGGUUUGCACUCGACAUCAAAUCAUCCAAGAUGGAUGCGAGGAACAAUGGACCUGGAAUAAAAAGGAUAAAUCGCACGAAGUCAAGGUACAAGGAAAAAGAUACUUAACUGCACACUUCCAUCCAAACUGGUCUAAUGGUACGGCGGGUGUCCGAGGCAGUGUACCACUGAAUUAUGGACGACAUUACUGGGAAAUCAAAGUAUCCCAGAGAAUCUUCGGAACCAGUAUGAUGUUUGGAAUAGGAACGAGAAGUGCUAGAUUACAUGUAGAUUCAUUUGUUAAUAUGUUAGGAGAAGAUGAACACAGUUGGGGACUUUCGCAUAAAGGACUUCUUUGGCAUAACGGACAGUGUAAAGAAUUCACGAAACCUUUCACAGAAAAUCAAGCUACUACUUUGGGAAUGCUUUUUGAUUGGUUCGAAGGAACUUUAACAUAUUUCAAGGACGGUGUAAGUCUUGGUGUUGGUUUUUCAGGACUGAACAACAUUGACGAGGACUUAUUUCCUUUAGUUUCGUCAACUGCGGCCAAAACAGAGAUGACAUUAGGAAUUCGUCGUCGAGCGUACUUGAGUUUACAGGACCGAUGCCGUGCUACUAUUCUGUCCAGUGUAAAGAGACAAAACGAAAUUGACAUUCUCCCUCUACCAAAAACAAUCAAAAGAUUUUUGAAAAAUUAUAACAACAGUACAUGUAGGUAACAAAAUGUAGCAUGUUUUAUUCAGUAUAAGAUUUUCAUUAUUUCAAGAGAGGAAAAACAUUGUUUACGGUUAUAUUUUAUUUUCGAUGCAAUUACCAAAUUCUAGAAAAAAAUCAGUUUGCAUAUUUUUUAAAAAUUUCAUUUUCAAAUUUUAAUACAAUUAUAAUUUCAUCCAGUUUAAUUGUUCAUAUUAUUCAUAAUUUAUAAGCAGUCACGGUAUUGAACAACACAGCGACAAGUCCGUUAUAAACUAUUGAUUAACGACAGUAACCUUGCCAGCUGCUGCAUAAUUCAUGCACAUACAGUCAUAAAAAUCUUUGACUUCUUUGUUUGGGAAUAGCAUAGAUUCCUCGUAAAAUGUCCAUUUUUAAUGUGUGGAAAAGAUGAUUGUACAUUUAACUUUAAAUAUUUAGUUUUAAUUUAUUUAAUUUAUUUUAAUUUAUAUUAUUGAAUACGAAAUAUGAUUUAUAUUUCAACUUAAGAUGAGUUAAUCUAGUCAUUGUGAUAACUUAUUUAAUAAGAACGAGUGUGGAGUGCGCGCGUGUGUAUGUGUGAGUGUGUUUUCUGAGAAAAGAUAAAGUGAAUGUAUGCUCGAUAGAAUGUAUUUAUAAAUGGAAAGAAAGUAUUUGUGAAUGGAAAGAAUGUUAAUUAUGAAUGGAAAGAUAUGUGACAUAGUAUGAUUGAGUUUUGAAGAUGAAAUAAAAUGUUGAUGAAUAAAAGUGCUGAAUGGAAACAAACUUGAGAGAUUGUUUGAUUGAUUUAUUUAUUAUUGAACGGAUCUACAGAAAUCCUAUUGUAAUAUAACUUGUAUAAUUAUUUUGUGUGAUGUUCUAGAAUCUCGGGCUGGGACCCAGUGCAAUACGAACAAAUUCAUUCUUCAUUGUGUUAUAAGGUUUUCAACAUGAUCUCAUGAGUAGGUUAUGUAUAUAUUUCUAGAUUAUUUAUUGUUGUCAUGGAAAUCAUGUUGUAUUUCAGUGAUACAUGUAUCCUACAUUUUUCGGUUUUUCAAAGUAUCUCCCUCUGUGAUAUUGUUUUCAUUUCUUUGUAUUAAUUCAAACAUCCAAUGAUUUUUUUCUAGAUUUCGUUUACCUCCAAGUUUUGGUUAAUUUUAAAGCAAGGUCAAACGGAAAUAUAAAGAACAAAUACUUGAGGUUGUCAUUUCCUUUUUCUUCGAUGAAAAACGGGUGAUUUUUGUAUUUUCGAUAAAAGGAAAAAGUAGUUGGUUAUGAACGAUUGUUGAAACCUUAACAUGAAAAUGUAUUUUGCUAUAUUUAUAAGAUUUUGUGUACUUAUUAUGUUGUAAUACAAUAUGAAACUAUA